AUGAACCGAAACAAACGAAAGCCGAAUCUUAUAUCGAAAUCUAAUGAAGACAAAGAUAAAAAGCAGCGAAUUAAUCGCUCUUGUCUUCCAAAUACGAAUAUGAACAGAUCGGUGAUUACUCAUCUGGAAAGUUUAUCCAAUGAAAUAAUCUACGAAAUCUUUGAUUUUCUUCAUUCUUACGACAUCUAUCAAGCUUUUUUCCAUCUGAAUACAAGAUUUCGACAACUAUGUAUCCAUCCGAAUCUUUCGAUUGCGAUCACCAAUCUAUCAUCCAAACAAAAAUCGUUCGAACGCUAUUUUAACGAAUUUGUCGUACCAUAUCUAUAUCGAAUUCGAUCGCUUGAUCUAACUAAUCUAUUUCUCGUAGAUCUAAUUUCGAAAACAACAAACCAUCUUUCGCAUUGUACUCAACUUCAAACGGUCGUUCUCGGUGAAUUGAAAGUACCUUAUUUGACAAAUAUUUUAAAUAAUCUGAGCACAGAAUUGAAUCUACUUUCGCUGACGCUUUGUAUCGAUGUGAAUUCCAAUUGUACGCAGAUCUACGAUCGUGUUUUUCACUUUCCGGUACUAAAAUAUUGCACAAUACACGCUACAGUAGACAAUCUCUUCGAAUCGUUGCUCAUUUCUGCUAAGCCAACAUCUCCGAUUGAAUAUCUAAAUAUCAAUAGUAGUUGCCACCUGAAUCAUCUUCAUAUAUGUCUCUCACAUGUUCCUCAGCUUCGCCAUCUUUUGGUAGAAUCGAUUCACACCGUCGACAAUGUCGACCUUCAAGAUUAUUCACGCGAUUUCAAUCAAUUAACCAGUGUUGUGUUAAUGUUGAAAAAAAUCGAUUUCCAACUUUUUGCGACGUUCGUUGACAAACAUUUUCGUCGACUUCGAAAAUUGACAAUUUCAGUACCUGACGAAAACGAUCACAUCGAUGCUGAACAAUGGCAGUAUUUGAUCGUUUCAUUUAUGCCUUGUUUAAAAACGUUUGACUAUCAACUGGGAACCUUGUCUUGUUACAGUAAUGAACAUAUAUCGCAUAAAACUCUCUUGAAGACGUUUCAAACUUCAUUUUGGGCGGAGAGGCAUUGGCAUUUCGCCUUAGAAUCCUAUUUGCCUACUUUUCAGCUCAAGCAAGAGAUUCUUUAUUCUACCCAACCGUAUACACGAAGACAUUUUGUACUUUCUGAUCAAGCGGAUUUCAUCAACAAAGAAAAAGUUCCUUUCAACUACGUAGAUCGUGUAAUCAUAUUCGACAUGGCAAUUCCAAAGAAUUCCAAUAAAUAUUUUCCUGUUGCAACUGAAUUGGCUAUAUACGAUCGUCAUUCUGCCGUCGUCGAUGAACAUCUCUACGAGAAUUUGCAUUUGAUCUUAUCUCUUACGCAGAUUACUCGACUAAUCGUCGAUGACGAUCUGAUCAAAUACAAAGAUCUUUUAAAUCUGUUGUGUUCGUUAAUUAAUUUACAUACAUUAAAAUUGUCGUCGACGCAAUCGAGUUUAGACAAAAGUUUACCGUCACAAAGAAGCAAACAGUUCCGUACAGUUUCCGAACAGAAUAAGAUUGUCAACUUGAUGAUCGAAGGUGAUUUCUCGUUGAAAACACAUAAGUUUUUGCUCAAUCUUUGUCCUCGUUUACAAUACUUUUCCAUUCAAUCACCAAGUGAAGUUUUAUUACCAGCUAUGAAAUUUCUGCAAUCAAAAAUUCAGAAAUCGACUUCUCAAUUGAUUUCCUUAUCGAUUACCCAACUGUCUUUGAUUUCAAUCGAACAAUUACUCGUUCAUAUCAGAUCGGAAGCGCUUUUCCACGAUUCUGCCAUGAUUAAAAAUCAUUCGGGAUUGUUCAUUUGGUUCUAA